CUUUGCCCUUUGGUAGAAGGAAACAAAUAAAUAUGUUGAUCCAACUCCCACCAGCACCACUUCACUUGUCUAGUUCUUUGGAAAGACAAGACAAACGUUUUCUUGGGAGGAAUAAAAAUUAAACCAACCCAAAACCCCCUCCCCAUUCCGAUAUCAAAAUUCAAACCAUGAUGAACCGGAAUGAAGGAAAUGAUAGUGCCCCGAACCUCCCCAUUGGAUAUAGAUUUCGACCCACAGAUGAAGAACUCAUUCUUCAUUACCUCAAACCCAAGCUUCUUUCUUUCCCUUUCCCUUCAUCUGUCAUCCCUCACCAUCUCAAUCUCUUCCACUCUCACCCAUCUCUCUUCAUUGGUGAUUGCAAAGAGAAGAAGUAUUUUUUCUGCAAAAGCAGCUGGAAUCAUUUCAAGAACUGCAGACUCUCUACAGCUGAUGGCUCUGGUUACUGGAAACAUAUAAGCAAAGACAAGUACAUUUGUUCAUCAAGUGCUUUUAUUAUUGGGACUAAGAAAUCCUACAUUUUCCACCAAGGGAAUUAUCCCCAUAGCAUCAAAACUCAAUGGGCCAUGAAGGAAUUCUCACUUCUGCCCUCUCAAACAGCCACACUUUUGAGCCAGAACAUGGAGGACUGGGUCAUCUUUUGCAUUUACCAGAGGAGGAGAAGAGGCAAGAAGCAUCAAGUGAAGAAAACAAGAAGAGAUGAAGAUGAUGUGAUUGGUGCCCAAUGUGAUGAUCUGAUGGAUUUUGUGGUUCUUGACAGCACUGAGCCUGGCCCUCCUUUGCCUUCACCAUCAUGUUCAACUGACCAUGGGUCUGCAAAUCAUGCAUCAACAGAUCAGGAGGAAACAUGCAGCAGCAGUAACAUCAAACCAGUUUCUCCUCAUUGGUGAAACCAAGGCUCAGAAUCAAAAUCAUUUUUAGUGAACUUAAGUAUUUAUGCUGUACUUGGCUUUGAGUAAUGACUAAUGAAUGCAUGAUGGAUACAAAAUUAACCACA